CCAGAAUCUCUUAAUCUGUGCAAGUGGAACCUUGCCCCCGGAAAUGAAAGGUGGGGGGUGUAAUUUGGCGGGGGAGUAGUUUCGCGGGUGGACCGGAAAGGAGGUGGAGGGGUAUUUUGGCGGGAGAAAACGAGUUGUGGCGGCAGAGGAGAGGCACUGGCAACGACUCCCCCUCAGUGGUAGUAUAGUAUAUUAGGCUUCUCUCACUUUGUGAGAAUGAAAUGAUGACAAUCGACGGAGUAUGGUUCUAAGGUCGGCGGUUGGCAGGUAAGCAGAGAGAGGGAGGUAUGGAGGUGGUUGGAGGCGCAUUCUGUAUCUGCAUUGCAGAUAGGACCAGGUACGUGUGCGCGGGUAGGGCGGCCACAUAGCGUGGGACGAAGGACACCCCGCGAGGAUGAGCUUGCAGGGAGGCUGCUGACGUGAUCAUUUCUGUGCGACCGAUUUUAAUCGGUCGCUCGUCGUUGGGAGUGGUCGCUGCAAUCGGUCGUUGUUUGGAGUGGUCGCUGCUGGCUUUCGUCAUAUUGGGCAGAUCGGACAGGCUGUCGGUCGGUCGGUCGUUGCGAUCGGUCGUUGUUGGGAGUGGUCGCUGGUGGCUUUGAUAAUUUCUGGGAGACCGGUCACGCGGUCGGGCCACUGGAUGGACAGAUUGCAGAUUGCAGCACCUUCUCAUGUGAAGGAAGAGAUUAUCAUCAGUUAAAAAAAAAGGAGAAAGAAGAAAUAGAAAUCAAGCAACUAACUAUUCGAGAUCGGGCCCGAGUUUUGGGCCGAAGUGAGACGAAGGGAUAUGCGAAGGGGAGGAAAAAGGUGAAUGUGCGCAAGGGGAGGUGGUUUUCCGCUGCUGCAGACAGUACAGCUUUGCCUCGUCGCCCUAUGAGGGGAGGACUCUAAUUGAUUCCUCCUUGUCUGAUACUCACACAAUCUCUCUCUCUCUCUCUCUCUCUCUCUCUCUCUCUCUCUCUCUCUCUCUCUCUCUCUCUUCUGUGUGCACGCCGUGGUUUCCCACCACAGAUCCGGAGAUAUUUGCGUUCUCUCUCUCUCUCUCCCUGUGUGCACGCCGUGGUUUCCUACCGCAGAUCCCGAGAUAUUUGCGUUCUCUCUCUCUCUCUCUCUCUCUCUCUCUCUCUCUCUCUCUCUCUCUCUCUCUCUGUGUCUUGUCUAACUUCUCUCUCUCUUCUCUCUCUGUGAUCAUCUCUUGCGCUCCCGGAGAGGGUCUCUCUGGGGUGGGAUUGUAUUGGCGGAGGCAAUCAUGGCGGACAGCGCCGUGCCCCCCCGGUCUACCGGGUUGAAUCUGUUCACACAGCAGUCGAAGGCUCUGCUUGUGAAGAACUACAAGCUGUCUUUGAGGAGCAAGCUUGCCACUUUCCUGCAGCUUGUCUCUUCUCUCUUCUUCGUGUUCCUGGUUUUCGCCGUGGACCGUGCCAUCCAGGCCAGGACCAAGGACGAGACCACUUUCAAGAAUCUGUUCCAGCCGCAACGAUCUCCUGUCGGCCCGAUCCCGAAGUGCGAGGACGGGUUCUUCAUGAAGAAACCCUGCCUUGACUUCGUUUACUCCAACGACAAUAACAGUCCGCAAAUCAAAGAGGUAGUUAACAACAUCCACGCUCAGCACUCUAGGCAGCUAAGGGUCAGGGAAUUUUUGACCCCUCAAGAGGUGGACGAAUACCUACUUACCAAUCCGAUGACAGUGGGGGGGGCCCUUCUCUUCACGGUGCUUGAUAGUACGGUCUCGCCGCCGUUGAUUGGCUACGGCUUGCAGACGAACGCGACGGUGAAGAAUGUGCGAGGCAUCUAUGAAGAUUCCGUCCUCAAGUUCCAAAUCCCCCUCCAGAUGGCCGCCGAGUGGGCCAUCGCUAAUUACACUCUGUUCAAUACCAAUUCCCCAGGGGGAGGGAGGAAGCUGGAGCAAUGGAACGUCACUUACUCUGAGUACGCUCAUCCUGCUGUGGAAUCCUUCUCCGGCGUCGCGGUCAUUGGUCCGCUGUUCUUCCUCGCCGCCACCAUGUUUGGCUUUGUCAUUCAGAUGGGGGCGAUCGUACAGGAGAGGGAGUUGAAACUCCGACAGGCGAUGUCUACAAUGGGCUUGAUGAAUUCGGUCUUCUGGUUGACAUGGCUGGUGUGGGAGCUGCUUCUCGUGUUUAUCUCGUCCAUCUUGCUUGUGCUAUUUGGUAUGAUGUUCCAAUUCGAUUUCUUUCGGAACAACGACUUCGGUGUCCUCUUCUUCACGUUCUUCCUCUUCCAAUUGAACAUGGUAGGCUUCGCCUUCAUGUUCUCCACGUUCAUCUCGAAGUCGUCCUCCGCUACUACGUUGGGAUUCGUUGUGUUUAUCCUUGGUGUGCUGACCCAGUUUGUCACAACGACGGGUCUGAUCUAUAGGGAGCAGACCUCCUCCGCGUUCCGAAAUGUGUGGUCUUUCUGGCCUCCAAAUCUGCUCGCUCUGGCGCUAAGUUACCUGGGCAAGGAGACUGCUACCCCUCAGAGUCCGGGUAUCAGUUGGGGGAGAAGAGAUAGCAAGUGCGAAGAUUGCUUGCUGAGCUUGGCGGACGUCUGGGGGUGGAUGAUAGGCACGUUCUUCCUGUGGUUCGUGCUCGCCGUGUACCUUGACAACGUGCUCCCCGAUCCCAACGGUGUGAAGAGACCGUGUUUCUACUUCCUACAGCCUUCGUAUUGGACAGGAAAGGGGUCGGUCGCAGAAGGAGGAGGCUGCUGCACGUGCAUGGGGUCCGUACCCGAGGCCCCGCAGAUGGCAGGAAGACUAGAUGAGGAUGUGGUCACAGAGAUGGAACAGGUGCAGGCUGCUGUGAAGCAUGGCAGCCCUGGUUCUGGCAUUGCCGUCCAGGUUCGUGGUUUGGUGAAGACCUACGCCGGUCGCCGGGAGCUCAAGUGUGGCUGCUGCUGCACUUGCCAGAAGAUCCCCCCUUUCCACGCCGUCAAAGGGUCUUGGUUCAACAUCGAGAAGGACAAGCUGUUCUGCCUCCUCGGGCCCAAUGGCGCGGGCAAGACGACCACCAUCAACUGCCUGACCGGAGUUAUCCCCACCACGGCCGGUGAUGCUAUUGUCAAUGGGGAGUCCAUUCGAAGCCCGGAGGGGAUGACGCGCAUCCGCUCCACCAUGGGGGUGUGCCCACAGUUCGACAUCUUAUGGGACACGCUGACCGGCAGAGAGCACCUGUGGAUGUUCGCGAACAUCAAGGGGCUGCCCUCGGAUCGAAUCCAGGCGGAAAUCGAGGAGCUGCUGCAGAGCGUCAAGCUCGUGGACGCUGGCAACAUGAGGUCUGCCAGCUAUAGCGGUGGCAUGAAGCGUCGCCUUAGCGUCGCCAUAGCGCUCAUCGGGAAUCCCAAGAUCGUCUAUCUAGACGAACCGACAACGGGGAUGGACCCAAUUUCCCGCCGACAUGUGUGGGAUGUCGUGGAGAAAGCCAAGAAGGGGAGGGCUAUAGUUCUCACCACUCAUUCGAUGGAAGAGGCGGACAUCUUGGGCGACCGGAUCGCGAUCAUGGCCAAGGGUCAGCUGCGGUGCAUCGGGACCAGCAUUCAUCUGAAGACCAGAUUCGGUGCAGGCUAUAUCAUGAACGUCAGUGUGAAGAAAGGCAGCUCGACAGCCGUAGGAGGAGGAGGAGGCGGAGGAGAUGGUAGCUCCCCUGUCAAUCAAAAGGGGAGCGGGAAGGACGACAUGGAUGCGAAGCUCGCCCCAGUGCUGGCCUUCUUCAAACAGACUCUGGGAGUGGAGCCGAACGAAAUCAACAAGGCGUACGUCAGCUUCUUGAUCCCUCGGUCGAAGGAAGGACAGCUGUCCAAGUUCUUUGCCACGCUAAGGGACAGGAAGAAGGAGCUAGGCAUCACUGACACGCAGCUCAGCCUGACCACUCUGGAGGAGGUCUUCCUGAACAUCGCCAAGCAGGCUGAGUUGGAAAGCGCGGCGGCAGAAGGAAGAUUCGAGAAGCUGACCCUCGGCGAUGGUCGCACAAUCAGUGUUCCCGUUGGCGCACAGUACGUACUAGUCCCCGAGAGCAUCUCGCAGGACGUACCCAAUGGGUUGAUGGUGGAGGUGUUCUGGCAGCAAGACGAGCAAGGAUCGCUGCGUAUCUCUGGCAGUUCAGACCCGAAGCCGGCGCCUGCGAGGAGACCAGAAGGGCGGCCCGCCGUUCAGCCAUCGCUCUCCUCCCGGUCAUCCUUCGGCUUGAGCAUGGGAAGAAGAGUAGAGCCCAGCGGCUCCUAUGAUAACCCUCUCAGGGUCGAAGUCAUUGACAUGGAAGACGUCCGGAGAGGUGGCCAAGAAUGACAAAGGUAGUUCUUUUAUUAGACAGUCUGUUCCCUCUGUUCUUUUUUGUUCCUUUUCUGGCUUAUGUACGCUCGUUGCUUCCCCCCCUUUUUCACCUCCUUCUGCUCCCCUUCCGCCCCCCUCCUCCCCCACCACUCUUCUCUCGUCGCCCCUUCCUCUCCCGUGCGCGCGUCUGUUCCUUUCCUCCUGAUUCUUUUUUCUCGUCUUGUGGUCUUUUGGUAAGCCUGGGUCACUUCAUCACUUGCCGAGAGGGGAAAGUGUCUACUCCCUCCCCCUCUCACCUCCCUCCCUCCCUCUCUCACCUCCCUCUCUCGCUCUCUCACCUCCCUCCCUCCAUCUCUCUGCUCCCUCCUUCCCUCUCUCGGGAUCGUGUGUUCCUUUCCCCCUGUUUCUUGUCUCUCGGCCUGUGGUCUUGGUAAAGCUGGCCCACUUUAUCAAUGACUCGGCGAGUGCAGAGAACGACUCUCGGGGGUAUAUAGAUAGCCGCAAACCCCCAAGCCGGAGGUUUACGUAGGGUGGUCAAAAUAGCCGGGGGUCGAACUGGCCGGAGGUUUAUGUUAUUUUCGGCCUGAGUUCAACUUCGAUUUAACUCACAGAAGAAAGAAAAAGAAGCUUGGAAUUCGCCCCUGUGCCGGUGUCUGCAUUCCUUGUAGUUAGUACACGUUAGACAUGCAGUCAGAUUUAUUUAUGCAUAUAACUCACUCUCUCUCUCUCUCUCUCUCUCUCUCUCUCUCUCUCUCUCUCUCUCUCUCUCUACCCUACUUCCGUCCCUUGUAAAAAACCUUCAGGUGCAGGGUUGCCAAGCGCUUCGAGCUGCUUGCUUGAGAUCAGUCGCGAAGCGUCUGCUUCGCGUCUGAUCGAGUACAAAUGCGGGUGCUGCCUCCAAGCAUUUUGGGAGUUCGAGCGCCCACACUGUGUCCUGACCUUGUCGUGUGCAACGCACUUUCGUGCUGUGGAUAGGAUAGGAUGCUUCGACAACCUUUUUCCUUUUUUCUUUUAAUUCUUUUCGUUUUUUGUGCCGGGACAGGUUUACGUCGCAAUUCGUUUGUUUUUUGUUUUUUUUUAAAUACUUUUUCCAACCUUUUUUCACCUUCUUGUUUUCCGUUUUGUUUUCAAAAAAGGAAACAGCUUGAAUUAUUAUAUUAUUAUUAACAGCCAAAGCUGGAGGCACGACCCGCACAAUUCGACCGUUUUCCGUGUUUUGGCGCCAUUACGUGUGCUGCUGAAGUUUUAAUGCGAUAGUGGAUUUCAUAAUUUCAGGGAAUUCUUAUUACGGGGAUUUUUUUUUAUAUUAGAGACGAGAAGAAAAGCUUGUGCGUGUGAGACGACAUUCCACUGGUUUAAACCACCAGUACACCUGGGCCUGGCGGCGUCGCACUGUGCGCCAAGCAUUGCUGAAACCGCCAGCACCUCACUUUUUUUCUUUUUUGACUGGCGCCGCAAGCCCUUGUGCUCCGGUAGCCCCGAGCCUCCGAAAUUUUAGGAGUAGGCCAUGAAGCAAUCUUGCAAGGAUGGGGCUAUGUACUGGCAGUUGAAGGCCUCGGAAUCUGGAAGCUGCAGGCACUGGGAUCGGAGUGGUUCAGUCAUUGAAUGAUUUUUCAUUGAACGAUUUUUUUUUAAUUUUCACUGUUACGGACAAUGACAAAAGUUUCGUAAAUGUGACAAGGCUGUCUGGCCCAGACGUCCACUUGGGAUGUCCAUUCUAACCUGGGAAAAUCUGGGUACUGAGGUGUAGGAAAUUUUCGGACAGAAAUUUGGGAUGGAAAUUUCGGACAGAAAUUUGGGAUGGAAAUUUUGGACAGAAAUUUGGGUUAGAAAUGUUGAAUAGAAAUUUGGGAAAGGGAUAUCUGGAGAGAGAUUCUUGGAGCUAUGGACAGAGUGGGCAUUUUGUCAGAGUGUGAAAUGGAGGCUUAAUGAGAGCUGUUUUUGUUAUCGGAAACCCUAUUUGGACUUCAAGGGGGUUCUGAAAGGGGUAAGAGAGGGGUUUGAAAGGGGUAUAAGAAAGGAGUUUAAUUUGUGAGAGUGUGAAAUGAAGCCUUGAUGAGAGCUGGUGUAGGCGCGAAGCUGGAUAUAUGCUGAGAACAACUGAUAUGACAAAUUUUGCACAGAGAUGGCUGUUUUCCACAAACCACAAGGAUAUUGGUACUUUAUAUCUAAUCUUUGGUGCAAUUGCUGGAGUAAUGGGCACAUGCUUCUGUGUACUAAUUCGCAUGGAAUUAGCACAGCCAGGAAAUCAAAUUCUUGGUGGAAAUCAUCAACGCCCUGCUAUAUCCAAAAUAAUGAUUGGGUGGAUGCCUUGGCAUUGAGAAAGAAAGGACGCAAUGAAAGGCGCGGCUUAAAGCAUCCAACUCACCCAAUUGGGACCAACUCGAUGGGGACCGCAGCAUGUUGGAAAAGAGCGGAAAAGGCUCGCGAGCUAUUCGGUCCCCAAGUGACAGCAGCUCCAGAUGAAAGUAGACGCGAAUGCCAUACAUUGAGACAAGUAGGUUAUCAGCAGGAAACCACAAAAAAGUACGGCCGCUCGCCCUGGCCAGCGACCGCCGAGCUGUUUGGGAUCCUCAGAGAGUUUACGUGAGAAUUCUCUCAAUCAAACAAAAGAGCGCUCUUGCACCUUCGGCCUUCCAUACCACAUCAUUCUCAUCACAACAGAUAGAACCAGAAGGUUCGAUUAACAACUUUUGAAAGUUGACAAGAAAUAGUGAAUCAGUCGUUAUGGAGAACAUAUUCUUCGAUCUUUGACGCGGUCUUCUUCUACAACCCGCAAAGUAUCUGCCAAACGACUUAAUUCAAUAUUGAUAUAAAAGAAGUAAGCACGUUUGACUUCAGAAUAGGUUCUUACCACGGCGUUAACUUGACCUUGUAAUUUAUGCCUUCACCGUUU